UUUGCAUUUCCAUGGGAGUGGAGUUGCCCGCAGUCCGGGAGAAAACAGAGAGGAAAAUACAUCGAUGGAGAAUGAACUUCCAAUAAACAAGGAUUAAAUGCAUUGCUUCUUAGUUGGUUACGUAGGUAUUUUGACUCAAAAGAAGUUUAGUUUGACGGGGAACUGAAGGUUAAAACUUUGUAACUAGCUAGUUUUUUGUGCGAACAACACACAUGUUUAUAGCUGUAAGUUAACUGUGUUGGCUAUAAAGUUGAACGUGAUUGCAGGGACAAACUAUUGAAGUGAGUUAGCUAGCUUGCCUGUUAGCUCCAGAAACAUGUCUGAAAACUAGCCAGCUAGCUUGCUAGCUGUGUGCUACUUUACUGCCAGUUAAUUUUACAGUAGUACCAGUCAAAUCCAGAUUUUAUGUCAAGAUAGCCAGUUGUGUCAACAACAUAUUAAUUAUUGUUUUUGUCUUUUGUAAACUGAAAACUAUAUAAUCUUUCAAGGAACAUAACAGUGUAUUAGCUAGCUAGACUAGUGGUUUUAGUUUCAAUUGGACUAAGUUUGUUUGAGGAUUGGAUCUCUGGCCAAGGAUUAGACACCGAUUGAGAACAAAAUUUAACUUUACCCAGCGGCUGACUACUUGUUUAACCAUCUUCGGCUAGCUUUCUAACAACGGUGCACUGCCACAGUUCGCAGGAUAACUUAAGUGAAUGAAGACAUACGGGAAAAUGAAUUACUUUUUAAUUCCUGCAAGUCAAUUGCGAAUCUGUUCUUCCUUAAAUAAAACAUCUGGGAUUGUGUAGCACUAUUCGGCAGUUGUGGGAGAGACUGGUUAGCUGUUUGGCUUGGUUAAAAAACUAAUGCUCUACGGGAAAUCCUUAAAUCCAUGCUUGGACGAGGGAAAGGGCCACCAGUUGGGAGAUCAGCAGCUGAAAUAAAUUGGAGUUGUGGCUGACGAAGUUUUUUUUUUUUUUUUGGAAAUUGAAACAUCAAAUGCUAGCUACAUGACAGACAAUGACUGCUUUCAUGGAUAUUUCAUUCAAACAAGCUUUGAAGAAACCACCUUCUCUACGGACGGCAGAGGAUCUGAACACCAUCUACUGCCACCUGUACCACAUGGACGUGCUGUCUCACCUGCGGGAGCACCAGCUCAGGUCCAUGUGCACGCUGGCCCACUACGAGCGCUACGACGCCAACCACGUCCUGUUCUGUCCGGACCACCUCUCCACGUGCUGGUACAUCCUGCUGUCCGGCUCGGUGUUUGUGAAGGAGCACAUGUACCUGGCCCGCUGCUGCUUUGGGAAGCAGCUGGGAGGCAGAAGAGGCUGUGAAUGCAUCACGUUGGAGCCGUCCGAGAUGAUCGUGGUGGAGAACGGCCAGGAGGGCGGCGACGUGGGGCUGCACCGGGACGCCCCGCACCGCCGCUCCCGACGACGCUUUCGCAAGGUCAACCCCCGCGGGGAGAGGGAGCUGAUCACCGACGCACAGGGCUCCGGAGCGCUGACACUUCCUGGAGACCUCAGCAAAAUGCAUCUCACAGACCAUGCCCACCAGCAGGUGAUGCAGGUCCCGCCCAGCCAAUCAGGAUGCAGCAUCGCCAGCGACUCGGGGAGCAGCAGCCUAUCGGACAUCUACCAGGCCACGGAGAGCGAGAUGGGGGACGUGGACCUGUCGGGGCUCCCCGAGGCACCGGUGGACUCUGAGGAAGAGGAGGAGGAGGACGAAGACAUCGAGCGGGCGUCUGACCCCCUGCUGGGCCGGGACAUGGUGCGCGAGUGUCUGGAGAAGGAGCCCACGGACAGGAACGACGAUGACAUCGAGCAGCUGCUGGAGUUCAUGCACCAGCUCCCCGCGUUCGCCAACAUGACUAUGUCCGUCAGGAGGGAGCUCUGCACCGUCAUGGUCUUCGAGGUGGUGGAGCAGGCCGAGACCGUCGUCCUGCAGGACGGACAGGAGCUGGAUCUGUGGUACGUGAUCCUGAAUGGCUCGGUGGAGGUCAGCCACGCGGACAGGCUGGAGACCCUGUGCAUGGGAAACAGCUUCGGCAUCACCCCCUCCCUGGACAAGCAGUACAUGAGCGGCAUGGUGCGGACCAAGGGGGACGACUGCCAGUUCGUCUGCAUCGCCCAGGAGGACUACUGGAGGAUCCUCAACCACGUGGAGAAGAACACGCACAAGGUGGAGGAGGCGGGCGAGAUCGUCAUGGUGAAGGAGCAUCGCGAGCUGGACCGCACCGGCACCAGGAAGGGCCACAUCGUCAUCAAGGGAACUCCAGACCGGCUGAUCAUGCACCUGGUGGAGGAGCACUCGGUGGUGGACCCCACCUACAUUGAGGACUUCCUGAUGACGUACCGCACCUUCCUCAACAACCCCAUGGAGGUGGGCAAGAAGCUGCUGGAGUGGUUCCAGGUGGACAGCCUCAGGGACAAGGUGACGCGGGUGGUGCUGCUGUGGGUGAACAACCACUUCAACGACUUCGAAGGGGACCCCGCCAUGACGCGCUUCCUGGAGGACUUCGAGAAGCUUCUGGAAACCACGAAAAUGAAGGGCCACCUUCGGCUGCUGAACAUCGCCUGCGCGGCGAAGGCCAAGUGGAGGCAGGUGACGCUGCUGAAGCCGUCGCGCGAGUCGCCGCUCUUCUUCAGCCUGCAGGGCGGCAGCGAGCGCGGCUUCGGCAUCUUCGUGGAGUCGGUGGAGGAGGGCAGCAAGGCGGCCGAGGCCGGCCUCAAACGGGGCGACCAGAUAAUGGAGGUGAACGGGCAGAAUUUCGAGAACAUCACCUUCUCCAAAGCGGUGGACAUUCUGUGGAACAACACACACCUCUCCCUCACAGUGAAGACUAACAUAUUUGUGUUCAAAGAGCUGCUGAGCCGGAUCUGGCAGGAGAAGAAGAACGGCGGCCCCCACAUCCCCAAGAUCCAGGAGAAGAAGGGGAACCGCUACUCCAUCCCAGACCUGCCGGGGGACAUCGAGUUCCCCACCGACAAGGCGCACAAGAAGGCCAAGGCCAACACCAUGUCCGGCGGGCGGAACAAGAUCCGCAAGAUUCUGCUCAACACCCGCUUCAGCAUCCUGCCUCCCAAGCCCUUCAGUGACGGGGGCAUGAGCCAGUCUCAGGACGACAGCGUCGUGGGCACCAAGCAGUGCCGGCACAGCGUGGCCAUCAUGCCCAUCCCGGGGGCCCUGUCCUCCAGCAGCCCCGACCUGCUGCAGCCUGCCACCAGCGUGCUCGACUUCUCCAACCCUGCGGCUGCGAGCUUCUACUACAUUCCGGAUCAGGUGAUCCGCGUCUUCAAGGCGGACCAGCAGAGCUGCUACAUCAUCAUCAGCAAGGACACGACGGCGAAGGACGUGGUGUCGCAUGUGGUGAACGAGUUUGGGCUGGGGGCGGCGCCCGAGACGUACUCCCUGUGCGAGGUGUCCAUCAGCCCCGAGGGCGUCAUCAAGCAGCGCCGCCUCCCCGACCAGCUGUCCAAACUGGCCGACCGCAUCCAGCUCAACGGCAGGUACUACCUGAAGAACAACAUGGAGACGGAGACGCUGUGCUCGGACGAGGACGCGCAGGACCUGCUGCGGGAGAGCCAGAUCUCCCUGCUGCAGCUCAGCACGGUGGAGCUGGCCGCCCAGCUGUCCAUGCGCGACUUCGAGCUCUUCCGCAACAUCGAGUCCACCGAGUACAUCGAGGACCUGUUCAAGCUCCGCCCCCCGGGGGGCGGGGCCUCCGCCGGGCACCUCAAGCACUUCGAGGAGCUCAUCAACCAGGAGACCUUCUGGGUCUCCACGGAGAUCCUCAAGGAGCCCAACACGCUGAAGAGGAUGAAGACCAUCAAGCUCUUCAUCAAGAUCGCGCUCCACUGCCGCGAGUGCAAGAACUUCAACUCCAUGUUCGCCAUCAUCAGCGGGCUGAACUUGGCGCCAGUGGCCCGCCUCAGAGGAUCAUGGGAAAAGCUGCCGAGCAAGUACGAGAAGCUGUUCCGCGACCUGCAGGACAUCUUCGACCCGUCCCGGAACAUGGCCAAGUACCGCAACGUUCUGAGCGGCCAGAGCAUGCAGCCUCCCAUCAUCCCCCUCUUCCCCGUGGUGAAGAAGGACCUGACCUUCCUGCACGAGGGAAACCACUCCAGUGUGGAGGGGCUGGUGAACUUCGAGAAGCUGCGAAUGAUCGCCAAGGAGAUCCGGCAUGUGGUGCGCAUGACCUCGGCCAACAUGGACCCCGCCCUCAUGUUCAGGCAGAGGAAGAAGAGGUGGAAAAGUCUUGGGUCUCUCAGCCAGGGCAGCACAAACUCCAACAUGCUGGACGUCCAGGGGGGGGCGCACAAGAAGAGGGUGCGCCGCAGCUCGCUGCUGAACGCCAAGAAGCUGUACGAGGACGCCCAGAUGGCCCGCAAGGUCAAGCAGUACCUGUCCAACCUGCAGGUGGAGACGGACGAGGAGAAGUUCCAGAUCAUGUCCCUGCAGUGUGAGCCGGCCUACAGCACCCUGUCGAAGAACCUGAGCGAGCGGCGGUCCACCAAGUCGGACAUGUCGCCCGUGUCCCUGCGCUCCACGCUGCCCGCGGGGAAACCCCACGCCCCCAACCGCAUGAGCCAGGUGCUGCAGGUGCCCCCCGUGAGCCUGUACCCCUUACGCAAGAAGAGCACCGCCAAGGACAUCGCCGCCGCCCACAACUCCGGCUCCCCACUGGUGGUGAAGAAGCCGCCCGGCUCGGCGGAGGAGUGGACCACCGCGAAGAAGGCGUCGGAGGACACCCUGUCCACCGUGUCGUCCCUGCAUUCCAGCCCUACUGUGUCCCCCCAGGACUCGCCCCGAAAAGGGGGCGGAGUCCCUAAGUCUCAGAACUCCAGUCAGAUGAACCUAUCAGGCUCCUCCUCCUCCCUGACCAGCGAGGCCAGCACCAAGGGCAGCGGCUCCAGGAGCUACGGGAUAGGCUACGCCCUGAUGCCUGCUGGGAAGUCGGACAACCUGUCGGACUCGAGCCACAGCGAGAUCUCGUCCCGCUCCAGCAUCGUCAGUAACUGCUCUGUGGACUCCAUGCCCAUCCUGGGGGCGGAGGAACGCUGCCAGAGCAAGGCCAGCUGCCUGCAGGACACGCCCGCCCCAGGCCCCGCCCCCGGCCACGCCCAUCCCGUGGCAGACUACGGCCAGGCCUGCAGCAGCGCGGCGUUGGCGAGGGUUCCGGCGGCGGUGGCUCGGGCCGCCUCCUUCACCGCGUCCGCCAGCCACGAGGAGCUGGCGCCCGACCACGUCUCCCUGGAGACGGCCGACAGCGGGCGGGGCAGCUGGACGUCCUGCUCCAGCAACUCCCACGACAACUUCCAGAACCUUCCGCCCCCGCCGCGGGGACCCUGGGACCUGGCCGCGUACCGCCACGCGCAGCUGGGCGGCGCCAUCGCCGAGGUGGAGGCGGGGCCCGCCCGCCACGACGACGCGGGAAAGAGGCUGUCCCGCGACAGCUCGGAGCUCGACCAAUCGCGGCAGAGCUGGGCCUCGUCCAGCUCGCUGUCGGACACCUACGAGGGGAACUACGGCACCAUCAAGCGCCGCGCCGCCGAGAACGCCGCCGGGUCGCCAGGGGAAACGCCCGACUCCGCCCCCGGCGCAGACCCCGCCUACAAAACCAUCACCUCAAGCACAGAAAAGGGGCUCAUAGUGUACUGUGUAACCUCCCCCACCAAGGACGAUAGAUUCAGGGGUCCGCCCCCGACUCCGCCCGGAUACCAGGGCAUCUCCCUGGGCGACGCCGCGGAAGGAGCGCCGCGGCCCCCCCACCUAAAACCGCCCGACUAUAGCGUGGCGCUGCAGAGGUCAAAGCUGCUGCAGAGCCCCGUCGGGCUGCCCCUGCCGGGCGACGCCCUGCUUCAGGCGAAGAGGCUGGCGCACGGCCCCCAGGUCUGCGAGGCCUGGCCGGGCAGGGCAGCCCUCCGCAGCCAGCCCGAUAGCGAGGACGAUGAUGAGCAGGUUUCUGCUGUGUAGGCCUCCCCCGUGUGAUGGGCAUGUGGACGGACAGACGGGUGGAUGGGCAAGACAGAGAAGAGGGCGCCGGGGGAUGGGGGUCAGGCUUUGGGGGGGUGCGGUCACAUAAGCUAGAUCAGCCAAUUGGCACCUCUCUCCCUGUGGUCACCAGAGUUCUCACUGAAACCCACACGGGGGAACGAAAACAUUCCAUUUCCACGACGUUAGACUGUGGGCUGUUUUUAAUCUCCCUCGCUCUCCCGGGAGAGUGACUUUUGGACCAGGGUGCCCUCGCGGCCUUCUCCAGCUGGCUCUCGCUGCGGAAGGGGAGAGACGGGAACGAACAUUGACUCGCACGCGAGUUGGACAUUGCGUAAAACUGAAGUCAAUCAAUUCCGAGGCAAAUUCUUACGUCUCCAGGCUCAACUUCUAUUUAUUAUAAUUUUUAAAAACUUCCUUUUUAUUGCUUUUCGUUUGUCUGAAGAUUGGAACUGGCUGAUUUUGCAUCUCGCUUUUUUUUUUUUUUUUUUUUACGGAUUCUUAGCAUUUUUAGCAGCAUGCUUUGGUGUAUAAAUACAAAAAGUGUGAUCUAUUACAUACCCAGAAAGGAAAGACAGCAGGAGUACAUUUUUUUUUAAUGAAGCAGAAUUGUAAAACGUUCGGUCAGAAUGCUAAAUUCAGGACUGAGUUCAAACUUGUUUCGAUGUCGUUCGUGUGAAGAUCUUAUAACGGCUUUCACGGUUUAGUUUAAAACUCAGGCUGUUGCACGAGCUCUCAUCCCGGUCAUUGCCUUGACCGCUCGCUGAUUCAGCGGAUCACAUGAGGUACUGCAGUGACGUACUACCGUUUGUAUGUUCAGUAUACCGUGUGUCCUUUAAACUUGCUUCAAUGGGGCAGUUCGCCCCCAAAAUAAAACUGAUAUAUUUCCACUUACCCGGAGUGUUAUCUAUCCAUCUGGAUAGUGUCGCUGAAGUUUGGCGAGUUCUCUAGAUAUCCGCUGCGGCUCGCUCUCAUACAACGGACCUCAACGCGACCGAGUUUUGUGGGGCUCGAAGCGGCCAAAAAUGUACUUCAUUUCUACCGAAGUAUGGCGACUGUGCACAUUCCCACAAAGUCUCAAUCUAAGCACGCCAGUGUUCUGGGCCGCAGCGUCAACCUUGUUUUAAAACGCCGUGAUGGCACUCAUAGUAAGUGGAAACAUAGCUUUAUUUUUUAUUUUUGGGUGAAAUGCCCUUUUAAUAUGUUGGAAGGACACAUUCAUACUGCAAUAGAAACAUGUUUUUUUUUCUUGAAAUACAGUGAGAUUGUUUUACCGAUUCUGCUAAACACAAAUGAACAACAAGCUUUAAAACCAUGCGGCCAACAAUUAAGGAAUUGUUUACACCAGUUUGCUUGUUUACAGUGUUUUUGAAAUACAGUAGCUCAGAGCAACAUACAAGAACAAACUUAGGUGUUCGAGGUUGUAGAAACGGCUUUUAUUUAUGCAGUUAUAAUUGUACGGAUGCAGCGCUGUUAACACAAAAUGUGUUUGGUUUUCUGCGUACCUCACCUGCAAUAUCAGCCAUUUAAAAAAACUGGAACUUUUUCCUGGAAAUGGAGGAUGUAACAUAAGUGUGAACUGACAGAUUUUAGUUCAGGGGAGAUAUAUUUAUACGUCAGGUUUUCGAUGCUCCAUGCUUUGCCGGCUACACCCUUGAAAAAGUUCAGCGCAUUUUGUGAAAUGUUCCGAUGACUGCUUUAAUGAUUGCUGCCCAUCGUAAGCAAAUAUAUAUUUGUAUAUUCUAAUGAAAUUGUUGCCCUCUAGUGGUAAACUAUGGAAGUGUAGAAUUGUAUAAUAUUAAGGGAUAUAACUGGAGUAUCUCUCUCUCUUAUUUCCUUUUGCUGUUGGGACCCAGUGUUUAUUUUGUAUCAUUUUGCCAUAAAAAAGACUUGAAUAUAUUAAUGGUAAUAUAUAAAUAUAUACAUAUAUUUUUGGUUUAUUAUAAAUGAAUGUUACUGAUCAUGUAUAGUUGAGAAAAGAAAGCUAUCUGUAAAGACUGUAUUUUUAAAUAUUUUGUUCCAAUAAAAUCCAAGGUUGUGAUUUCUCUUUUUCUGUGGUAGGGCAGGAAUCUGUUGAGGAUUUAUUUAGACUUUUGCUUUGUUUUCUUGCCGUGGUUUAUGUUUUUGUUCUCGUGUGCUCUGAGCUGUGCGUUAGUUUGGCUUUAAAGGAUCCGCGCGGACGUUGUGCGUUCGGAGAACCCUCAGAGGCCCCUCCCCUCAGCCUUCUCAGUGGGGAAUUCUGGGUAACCGGACGCAGGCGGACACCUCAAAGGUGAGCAGAUGAAUCAAACGACGACACGCCUUCAGCUGUUUAGACCAGUCACUCCCUUCACCUCCAAAGCACAUCAGCUGUCUCGACAGGGAAGGUCUCCUCUGUGCUCUCUCUGCCAAUCAUUCCGCUGUCCCCGCCCUCGUAGUGCAAGCUCCGCCCAUUUCUGGGCCUGCACAUUCACCAGAAGCCUGAACGAUAUUUAGUAUUACAGUCUGCCACAAACUUUGGAAAUACAUCGUAGAUAAUAUAAAUUAUAUGGACAGAGAUGGAUAUUCCUGAUCUUUAUAUUUUCCUAAUUUAAACAAACAGCUGUAGAUUCAUGUAAAUAUUAGGACAGAAACUCGGACGUCGGCGACAGCAAUGUUUUUUUUUUUUUUUCCUGCUUAUUUCAGCUUGCAGUGUGGCUUGCCUUUGCAUGGCCUUGCUGUAUUUCCCAUUCGGGUGAGCUGAUCAUAUUGAUCAGGUGUCAGUAGCAAAACUCCCUUGUUAUCCGGUGGAGUUCAAGAGGAAAAAUAGUCCUUCCAGUUCCGCACACUGUGACACAACAGUCUCACCGUGUUCCGCACACUGUGACACAACAGUCUUGCAGUGUUCCGCACACUGUGACACAACAGUCUAACCUAACAGUGAAAACCUGACUUCAAACACAUUUCAAAGCCCCAUUUCCCAGUGUGUGUAUAGAGUUAAUCAUGAGUAUGUGGACCUGCCUCACUGAAUUUCACACCACUACCAAAUUUGAGUUUAAUGUUUAUUUAAUCAGAAGUUUCGCCUUGCGUCAGGCAUUCUGGUUGAUUUAACAGGAAUCUUACAGGAUAACCAGCUCUUUGAUUUUGGCCAUCUGAGAUUGCGGUGUUUUUGUUUUGAAGGCUUGAUAUCGGUCCCUCGGCAUUGCUACUCAUUAACAGGUAAUCCAAAGGCUAUUUUAUCACUCCCGACAACACUGGAAAACUCGCCUAUUUGCCGAUUCUUUCUGAGCUUCACUACUUGCUGAUAGCUGGCCUCUAAUGUAGUAUCUGGAAUGCAUUAAGUGAGAUGUGAAAUUAAUGUAAAGCAAAUGUAGACCUGUGGCAGAACAGCACAAUUGUAAACAUACCGGUAGCAAUUGUACUGCACGGGUCCAUGAAACAAGUAUUACUCACUCUGUCGCUUUUGUGUCCCACUUUUGAUAGCUGUUGUAACUUAUGUCUUUUAGAAAGACAAUUUUUUGCCUGUAUGCUUUUUUGUAUUUUUACCGGUGAGUGUAAAUAUUUGUUAUAUUUUUGUUUAAAAGAAUGUUUUAAAAAGUACUGUUCAUUUCUCCAAGUCUCUGGUAUGAGUUUGAACAACAAUAAACUAUGUUAAACAUUA